AUGGGGAAGGGCGCGCUGAACCCCGCCGAGCCGGGACCCGUGGGGGGAAUGGCCGGUCUCAGCGGAGCGGACGCGAGCCAUGCGAGCCAUGCGAGCGAGAGCCUCAAUCCAAACUGCAGUCCACGCGCCAAUACCAACGGCCGUCUGAGUCCUCGACCGACUUCCUCUUCCCAGAUACGAGUCAAUGCCAAUGCUACUAUCAAUGCCACUGUUAAUGCUACUGUUAAUGCCAAUGUCAAUGCGAAGAGUGUAGCGGGAGCCGGUCAUUUAGGACCCACCGAGCCGGACAAACCGGCCGCCGCGCGUGUUUUGAAUGCUUCCAAUGCGCCGAGCGAGUCCAGCGCGUCCAGCAUGUCCGGCAUGUGCGUUGGGAAUUGCCCAAUUCAUCCGCCAGUUCCCAACGCUCCCACCGAGCCCAAGCCCGAGCCUCGCUCCUCUCGCAAAGAUCGAGAUCGCGACGCCAAGCAGAAGCGCGCUUCUCGUCCAGACUCCAAAGCCUCCGACGACCGACUUUUCCAAAACCAGAAUCAAAACCAGAACCAGAACCCAAGCCAAAACUCAAAUCAAGCUCCACUGCAACCUCGCUCCAAGUCCAAAUCCAAGUCCAAAUCGCGAUCUCGCCCCGACUCCGAGCGAGGGCAAGUCGACCUCAAAGGCCUGCGCGACCACGUCGUGGACAUGGCCAAGAACUACAACGGCUGCCGCGCGCUGCAGCAGAUCCUGCUGACCGCGAGCCCCGCCGCGGUGACGGAGAUCUUCGAGGAGCUGCAGAGCAGUCUGCGCGAGCUCAUGACGGACCCCUUCGGGAACUACGUCUUCCAAAUGCUCCUUCAAGUGUGUAGCGAGGAGCGGCGCGCGCAGAUCCUCUCCGCAGUGCGCGAUUUCGUCAUCGACGCGUCGCUGAACAUCCACGGAACGCGCUGCGUGCAGAGUCUUGUCCAAUAUUGCUCCUCUCCCAGCAUGAUCGACUCGCUUUUCGCCGCGCUGCAAGGCCACAUCGCUCAUCUCGCCGCACACCCCAACGGCAACCACGUGAUUCUGCGAUGUCUGCAAUCCAUUCCGGAGUCGUUCUGCACGCCCUUAUUCGAAGAACUCGUCCAGCAUUGCAUCGAUAUCGCCACGCAUCGCCAUGGCUGCUGCGUGAUCCAGCAGUUCUUCCUGCGCGCUCCGCCUCUCUACCGGAAUCGAUUAAUGAACGCGAUUUUGCACGAAGCGCAUCUCCUCAUCACCAAUCCCUUCGGAAACUACGUCGUUCAAUUCGUUUUGGAGCGAGGACGCCCCGAGGAACGCGAGCUGCUGACGCGGUCGGUGUUCGGCCACGUGGUGGAGUACUCCUGCCAGAAAUACAGCAGCAAUGUGAUCGAGAAAGUGAUCGUUCUCGCCGAUGAACAAGUGCGUUAUCAAAUCAUCUGCGAGAUUGUCGGGUCUCCGCACUUCCCAGCGAUUUUGCAUCAUAACUUUGCUAACUACAUCAUUCAAAAUCUCUUCCAUAAUUGUGGGAAAGAAAAUGUGUUUGUGCUGUACGAUGCCAUACUUCCGUUUAAAGGGGAGCUUGGAAGAUCUACUGGAGGAAGGCAUAUUCUUACUGCGCUGAAUGCGUUUGAGUACUUUGCUCCGAUCUCAGCCAUCCAGUAGUGAUCUGCUUUC